AUGACGGGAACUGGUCUUCAGCCUAUGAACAUCUUCCUCAUUGUCUUUCCUUUCGUUCUGUCGGCCACCAUUGUGGCAAUUAGGGUAUGGAGGAAGAUAAAAGAACACAAAUUAGCUAUUGAAGACAUACUCCUUAUCAUUGCUGAGCUCUUCUUGAUAGCACUCACUGCGACAGUCUGGAAACUGGUCUUAGUCUCUUACGCUGGCUAUCACGCGGCAGAUAUUCCACAGGGUGCUAUAAGCCAGGAACAAGUGCUACUCUGGCGUUACAUCAACAACGCAAUAUACAACCAGAUCCUAGGCCUUGUCAAGAUCUCGUUUCUGAUCACGCUAUUGAAGUUGCGCUCUACGAACCGGCUAAUCAUCGCAAGCUUGUGGUCGCUAAUCAUCGUAAACAUUUGUUUUGUUUUCGCUGCCACCCUUGGACACAUCUUCAGGUGUCAGCCGAUCCACAAAUAUUGGCACCCCAAAGUCCCUGGUCACUGUUCCAAUGACGCACAAUACAUCUUUGGUGUAAUCGGUGUAACAAUUGGUACCGAUGUUCUUGUCGCGUUGAUUCCGGCGUGGAUUCUAUACGAUCUUCAGAUGUCUCUGAGGCACAAAGUUGGAGUUAUUGCAUUCCUGUCGCUUCCACUCGCAGUUACAGCCAUUGGCUGCUAUCGUUUACAUCGCUUCGUUGUCUUCUUCAGCCUACCCAACGCCACCGGCGAGGACCCGCAUAACGUUAGAAAUGCAUUGUCGAACAUUGAAGCGAAUCUCGGUGUAAUUGCUGUGUGCGGACCGACGAUCAAAUGGAUCUUGGGCCGCUUCAUUCCUUACUUUGAUACCGCUCGAUCAACAAAUGCUUUUACACCAGACCCAUCAUCGCACCUACGACAACGAUCGCAUGGCUAUGUUAAGAGUUAUGAUGGUAUAGAGCUUCAGCCAAAAAACGGGUUUGACACCACAUAUCCACGACACAUACGGAACUCCUGUUGGAAGGCCAACGACGACGAUACAGACAGCGAGAAACAAUGCAUUACUGUUCAAGCAGGCAAAGACGAAAGGGAAAUCAGGGCGACGACAGUCGUAGAAUGGAGAAGCACGCCAUCUCGCUGA